CACCAACCCGCAACAAGAUGUCGCUCAUUCGCAUCCGGCCGUAUUCGUAUGUGACGGUGGAGGACAACAACACGAAUGUGCAGCGGCUGGUGGUUGGCCCAGCGACGUUCACCAAGAAGGCACAUGAGACCGUGGUGGAUGGCCCGCUGGCGAUGAUUGUCCUGCCGCCGGCGUCGUACUGCGUGGUGGCCAAUCCUGUGGAGCGUGAUGACGCCGGGCAGCCUGUGAUUGACGAGCACGGGGUUUACGUGUGCGUGUGGGGUGACGAGGAGGUGCGGCUUGCGGCCGACUUUCCGGACCCGUUCCCGCUGUACCCGGGCGAGGCACUUGUGCUGGGCGUGACGCCGCUGCGCGUGAUUGAGGACGGCGCUGCGCUGCGGGUGCGUGCGGAGCGCGAGGUGAAGGACGAGGGUGGGGUGACGCGUGCUGCGGGCGAGCAGUGGCUGGUCAAGGGCCCGCGGACGUAUCUGCCGUCGCGGGUGGUGACGGUGCUGGAGGAGGUGCACUCUGUAGUGGUGCUCGAGACCCAGGCGCUGCGGCUGCGGGCGACGGAGGACUUUACCGAGCCGGAUGGAACGGCGCGGCUUGCUGGCUCCGAGUGGAUUGUGCGGCAGCCGGGGCGAUACCUGUGCCGGGUAACGGAGGAGCUUGUCGAGGUGCAGGAGCUGCAUGUCCUGACCGAGACGACGGGCCUUCACCUGCGCGCAACGCAAGCCUUCACCGAUGUCUACGGCAUCGAGCGCAAGGUCGGCGACGAGUGGCUGGUGACGCUUGCCGAGGCGCCGACGCACAUGCUCGGGGUCUUUGAGCAGCUGGUGACGCCUGUGACGGCGAUCUCGCUCUCAAACACCGACUACUGCGUCAUUGUGGAUCCUGUGGACGCGUCGACCGGCAAGAACGUGCUGGGAACCAAGACCAUGGUCCGAGGGCCCAAGACGUUCUUCCUGCAGCCCGGCGAGCGGCUGCUUGCCGGCAAGCAGACGGCGCACCUGCUGUCGAAGCAGGACGCGCUAGUGCUGCGGUGUGUCGAGGCGUACGUGGACGACGAGGGCGUGGCGCGGGAGCCGGGUGAGCGGUGGAUGGUCUUUGGGCCGCGCGACUACUACCCAGCACCGCAAUGCAGUGUGGCGGCGCAGCGGUGGCUCAUUCCGCUCGACAAGAACGAGGGCGUGUACGUCCGCAACAUGACGACCGGCAAGGUGCGCGCCGAGAUCGGCGCGUCGUACAUGCUGCAGGCCGACGAGGAGCUGUGGGAGAAGGAGCUGCCUGCCGACAUGGAGGCGCUCAUCAACGGUGAGACGCCGUUCACCGACACCCCGGUCGAGCUUGCUGCCGGCUCAAACGUGCUGUUCUCCUCGUCUGCAAGCCGCACGCCGGGCCUGCAGUCGACGAUCCUCAACCUUGCGUCGACCGGCUCGCGGGCGGCUGGCCUGACAGGCAUGCAGCGGCGCGAAAAGUGGCGGGUUGUCACCUACCGUGUCCCGCACAACGCAGCGGUCCAGAUCUUUGACUACAAGACCAAGGAUGCCCGGGUGGUGUUUGGCCCAGAGCUGGUGCUUCUCCAGCCGAAUGAGCACCUCACGGUCUUCUCGCUCUCGGGCGGGCGGCCGAAGCAGUCGAACGCCAUCAAGUCGCUGCUCCUCUACCUUGGCCCGGACUUUAUGAUCGACGUCAUCGUGGUGGAGACGUCGGACCAUGCACGCCUCUCGCUUCAGCUCGGGUACAACUGGGAGUUCCGUGUCGACCGGUCGACGGAGGAUUCGACCCGCAAGAUCUUCUCGGUUGCCGACUUUGUGGGCGACGCGUGCAAGGCGCUCGGCUCGUCAAUCCGCGGCACGGUGGCUUCGAUUCCGUUCCAGGAGUUCCACGCCAACUCGGCACGUAUCAUCCGCGCAGCCGUCUUUGGCCUCGACGACAAUGGCUCGGUCUGCGACGAGCGGGUCUUUCCGGCCAACGGCCUUGUCAUCACCAACGUCGACAUCCAGAACGUUGACCCCGUGGACCAGCGGACGCGGGACUCGCUGCAAAAGUCGGUCUCGCUCGCCAUCGAGAUCACCACCGACGCGCUCGAAGCGCGGGCGCGCAACGUCGCCAAGCGAGAGGAGCAGGACGCGCUUGGCGAGCUCGAGCAGCUCCGCAUCCGCGACUCGUGCCUCUCCGAGGCUGCCAAGAUCGAGCUUCUCCGGCUGCAGGCCGAGUGCGAGUCGAUCAAGACGACGGGCAAGGCCAAGGCCGAGGCCAAGGCCCAGGCCACCACCACCGUCAUCGAGUGCGAGGCCAGUGUCGAGCAGGCCCAGCUCCGUGCAGACGCCGCAGACGUCGAGGCUGCCUUUGAGCUCAAGCGGCUGCAGGCCCACUACGCCGCCGAGCUCACCCACGUCGCCGCACUCAACAAGCUCGAGCUCGACAAGAAGGCCCAGCUGACCGAGAUCGAGACCGGCAAGUUCAAGGCCAUGAUCGAGGCCAUCACGCCCGAGGUCAUCAAGGACAUUGCCAAGGCCGGGCCCGAGAUGCAGGCCAAGCUCCUGGGCUCGCUCGGCCUUUCGUCUGUCCUCCUCACCGACGGCAACUCGCCGGUCAACCUGUUCAACACCGCCAACGGCCUUGUCGGCUCUGCGCUUGCCGUCUCGGAGCAGGGUCAGUAGUUGGAGACGGCCGGCCCCUGGAUGUAAAGUGAUAAACGAUGUCUUGCCGCAA